AUGGGACCGAAUGACUCAAACUGGAAGGUGCCAUCCUACAAAAGACUGGAGGAACUGUUGAAGAAGCAGUUUAGUUCGUCAGUUAAUCAUGUUCAAGUUGGCUUUAUUGAUGACACCAUGAGUUAUGAGCUGUACGAUGCUGCUCGUGAUGAGAAUGGAGAUGCAAGUAAAUUUCUAGACGUCUUGGAGAGAGUAAGCACAGAAAAACAACUGGAUUGUUCCACCAUCUUACAUCAAGCCACUCCCACGGGUGAUUCGUUGCUGCAUGUUGCAGCUGAACAUGGGCGAACAAGGAUCGCAGAGCUGCUUGUUGAUAAUAAUUUUUUGCUGAUUGUGACAAACAUCAAAAAAGACACAGCGCUUCAUGUUGCCGCAAGAGCUAAAAAAAUUGGAGUGAUGAGAGUCAUCUUGUCCAAGUUUGAUGAUGCUAGCAGUAAGGAUAACUUUAUCAUGUUGCCCAACAAGUUUGGGAAUAGAGCUCUGCACGAAGCUAUUCUGAGCAAACAUCGCGAGGGGUUUGAUUUCCUGCUAAGUGAGCAAAGUGAAAGUACUUGGCCACUCUAUUGGGACACCCACCCAGCAGACUCACCAAUAUACAUGGCAGUCCAAACUGGCGAUCUUGAAAUUCUUCGUCGUCUCUUGCAGAUUCCUUUUCCCUCAGAUAGGAUCAUUUAUAAGAGUCAGGGAAACUCUCCACUUUUUGCCGCCAUAUCAGAACGCAAUAUUGCUGUUUUGAAGGAGAUAGUAGACAAAAAAGAAGAGUUGAUGUUCCUCACAGAUGAAGAUGGAAACACACCCCUUCAUUAUGCAGCGUUCACUGGUUAUGUGGAAGGUGUUCGUGAACUUUUAAACAAAUCCACCCUUGUCGCCUUUCAACGAAACUCAAAAAGUAAUCUUCCGAUUCACUUUGCUUGCGGUAAGGGCCAUAUUCAGGUGGUUGAAGAAUUGUUACGCGUGCAAGGGCCUUGUACAAGUUUUUCACUCAAUAAUGAAGGUCGAAACAUUCUUCACAUUGCAUCCAUGAGAGGAAAAAGCAAGAUGGUAAAAUACCUAUUGAAGCACCCGAAGAUCAAUUCCAAAACUGUGAAUGAGAAAGACCUGCUAAAUGGAGACACUCCACUGCAUCUGGCUUCAAGAAAGUUGUAUCUUUGGACUUUAGACCAUCUAUCACGAGACAAAAGAAUAAUCGUGAACCUUGUAAAUGACCAAGGUUUAACAGCUAUUGAUAUUAUCCGAAGCCAAAGUAAAUUUCCAAUGACUCGUAUAGAGGUUUUGAUUUUAGAAAAAUUGCAGUUUUAUAAAAGAUUACGACAUGUAACCACCUACUUGCUUGAUUUGAUCACCUUGCAGUUAGGAGCAUAUAUGAUUGUUAGAUUUGCUGGUGCCUCGCGCAAAUAUAAUAAUAAGCUGAGACGAAAACGUGUAGUGAAUAAAGCAUGGAAUGAGAACGAUGGGGCCAACACACUCAUAAUUGUGGCCGUAUUGGUAGCCACAGUGACAUUUGCUGCUGGUUUCACAAUACCAGGCGGGGUAUACAGUUCGGAUUACCCAGUCCCUAUAAAAAGAGGCAUGGCAGUGUUGACUGAUCAAACCCUGUUCAAAAUAUUUAUGACUUUCAACACCAUUGCUAUGUAUUGCUCCACUUUCGGUACUAUUCUUCUUCUUUGGAGGCAUUUGCCUGAUCGACGUGUUUCAACACAAGCAUAUCAUAACUCCAAAAUUUUUGUCCAAUUGGCUCUUGGAACCAUGCCAGUGGCAUUUGUGGCUGCCAUACUUUUGGUUGUCAGAAAUGAUAGCUUUCUUGCAUAUCUUACAAGUAUCAUUGCAUUCAUCUUCGUUUUCGUUAUACUACUACUUGGCCUUCUAGGAUAUUUUCCUACGAGAUCAAUUAGCCUUCCAGUUUUCCGACAAGUUGGACUUCUUCUUCUUUGGUUUGGCAUUAUUUUAUUUUAUGGGAGUAAGGAUGGUGUAUUUUAUUUUGGUGAAAUCCCACAAGACGAUGACAACGCCACGCAAGAGAAGAACCGUGUCACCUAG